AAGAAUGGCUCCAACUAACAAAGACGGAGAUGUGGCGACUGUCAAAGCUGUAGAUGUUCUCAAACAAAAGGCUGGAGCCCAUCAUUGCCUUGGAAAUGUUCAUGCAAACCUUCCCGUUAAUAAGGUGACCGUCCAUCCAUUGGUUCUUCUGAGUGUUGUUGAUCAUUUCAAUCGUGUCAGCAAAACUCAAAGCGUGAAGCGUGUUGUUGGAGUCCUUUUGGGGUCCAUGAAAAAGGACAAAACUCUGGAUAUUGGAAACAGUUUUGCUGUUCCGUUUGAUGAAGAUGACAAGGAUAAAAGUACAUGGUUCCUCGACAUGGACUAUUUGGAGAGCAUGUAUGGAAUGUUCUACAAGGUUGCCGCCAAGGAAAAAAUCGUCGGAUGGUAUCAUACGGGUCCAAAACUUCACAAGAACGAUAUUGCUAUCAACGAGCAAUUGAAACGAUUCUGCCCGAACCCGGUUCUUGUAAUUAUCGAUGCUGAGCCAAAGAACAUCGGAUUGCCAACAGAGGCUUACAUCGAAGUUCAGGAAGUUCACGAUGAUGGAACUCCACCAAUCAAAACCUUCGAGCAUGUGCCUUCAGAUAUCGGAGCCGAAGAAGCUGAGGAAGUUGGAGUCGAGCAUCUUUUGAGAGAUAUCAAGGACCAAACUGCUGGAACUCUUUCACAGCGUAUCACCGAUCAACUUAUGGGCUUGAGAGGACUGCAAUCACAGCUUGAAUCCAUUGAGAAGUAUCUUCAUGAUAUUGUGCGCGGAACUCUUCCAGUCAACCAUCAUGUCAUUUACUAUGUUCAAGAAGUUCUCAAUCUCCUGCCUGACGUCACUCAUCCAGACUACAUUGUUUCACAGAAUGUGCAAACUAAUGAUCAGCUCAUGUGUGUGUAUAUGGGAUCUCUUGUACGAUCGGUGGUCGCUUUGCACAACUUAAUUGAUAACAAGAUCUCUCUCCAGAAGGCUGAAAAGGAGCAGGAAACUGGCGAAGCUGAGAAAAAGAAGGAUGAAAAGGAUAAGAAAGACAAAAAGGAUGAAAAGAAGGAUGAGAAAAAGGAAAAGGACAGUAAAUCAUCAACCCCUAAUACUCCAAAGAAGUGAUAAACAAACUCAGAACAUUGAUUGUAUCCUCAUGUCCACUUCUCCACCAAUCUCUUUUUCUUUUACCCUAUCGCAUCAUAUACAUUUAAUUUAUUCGGUCUUUUAUUUUUCUGUGCAUCAAUGUAGUAUUUUAUCCCCGGU